GGGCGAGUGCGCAAGCGCUCGGCUGGGUGGCUGUGCUCGUGGGGUGAGGGCCGUGGGGCUGGAGUCUUGCCCUAUGGCGCUGCCUGUGCCAGAGGGGAUUUCCGCUCCCUUCGCUUCCAAGCCUUGUUUGCCAUUCGGCGUCGGGAUUGCGUGGCAGUGCCGCGGGAUGUUUGAAAGCAGCAGGGUCGGAUGCGGGCAGCUCUGGGCUGCCUGGUGCAGGAAUGCUGCCUCUCUAACUUGCCCAAAGGAUGUCCAAACCCUUAGCGCCGCUGGCUUUUAGGGCAGAAAAUCCCACCUGCGCGUAUCAUAUUUCCCCGUGGAUUGGGCGUUGCUAUAGAGCUCAGAAAUACCUAAAGGCUCACCUCACCUAAAGUCAGGGGGAUCCUGCUCUCAGUUUUAUCUCGGGGAUCCUGCUCUGAGUUUUAUCCCGGGGCUGGCCUGUGAUCCCUGCCACGAGGGAGUCCAGGGGAGCCAUGGUCCCGGGACACGUGGUUGCUGCUCCCGUGCUGGAAUUGCUCUCGCUGAAAUCAGCACUGCCCGUAAGAGGCUUUAAAAGAGAAUAGGCUUCUCGUCCAGUUCCUUCCCUAUAUUGUUUAUGAGAGUUUAUUUAGACUUGCCUGAUAAAGCCGAGCCUUACUAAACCCAUCACCUAACAGCAUGCUUUUAACAGCCUCUUUCAUUACUUUUUUUUUUUCCCCUUUUUAAUAAAAGAAAAGGGGAGGGGGAACCGAUCAGGACUGAUGAUGUCUCACGUGAUAAUCAUACGAUAUUGUGGCUGGAGUUCCUUCCUCUGCUCACCAAUGCUUGUUGCGUCACACCUGGACCUGGGCCACUGGCUCCCAAGGAGGAAUGCCACUGGAUCUCUGCAUUUGUGGUCGCUCAAAUUCCAUCUGCAGAAAGUCUUGGGGGGGAAAACCCCGCAUUCGUCAGACCUGUGCCCUCGGAACAGAGGCACGUCAGGAGGCUACUUUGUGCACAGCAGCAGUACUGGAUGGGAGGGACAGGUUCGAUCCCUUGGACUCGAGCAGUGGAGGGGACGAGUUUUACCAAGUCCAAGACAGAAAUCUCUAUUGCAAGAAGUGCCCUGCAGGCACCUACGUUGCAGAGCACUGUAAAGAACAAUAUGGCUCCAGCAAGUGUUUGCCGUGUAAAGAAGACGAAUACAUCAAAUACCCAAAUGACUUUUCCAAGUGCCUUGGCUGCCAGAUGUGUAGGGAAGAUCAGGUGGAGCUGAGUCCCUGCCGAGCCGUCAGCAACACGCAGUGCGUCUGCAAGAACGGCACCUUCUGCUCCCCGGACCACCCCUGCGAGAUGUGCCAGAAGUGCCGGACCCGGUGUCCCGCGGGUGAAGUGGAGCUGGCUCCGUGCACGCCGCACAGCGAUCUCCAGUGCGGUCCUCCCACCAGCACCUUCUCCAACCUCACUGGAGGUGCGAUCGCGGCCAUCGUGGUGGUAGCCGUGGCCUGCCUGACUGUGUUUUUCGCGUUACUCUGGAUGUUCUGCUGCCGUUCCCGAGGAGACGAGAGAGACCUGAGCAGGAAGUCCUGCAGCGUGGUGGACUACCUGAUGCGGCAGCUGACGAGGUACCAGAGGGGAGACCAGGGGACGCAGGACAACAACCACAACGAGCAGGUGUCCCAGCAUCAGCUGCUCCCCAGGGAAUCGAGUUCGGUGACUCCCAGCGCUCCGGGGUUGGAGAUGACGGUGCUGACAACCUCGUGUCCCAGUGCGAAAUGCAGGAGGAAUCUGGUUCCAGCACAAGGAAAAGAGCCCUUGGCGGUUUUGCGACGCUCUUUUGAGAUCUUUGCCCAAGAAGUGCCCUACAAGGACUGGAAGAGAUAUGGCCGAGCCCUUGAUCUGCUGGAGAAUGACAUUGUCCUCGCGGAGAUGAACGACAAGUAUUCGCAUGAGCCCUUCUUCCAGAUGCUCAACAUGUGGCAGAACAGGCAAGGGUUGAACGCCUCUGUGAACACGCUGCUGGGGACCCUGCAUGAGAUCAAUCUCGGAGGGAUUGCGGAGGACAUCUCCUACAAGCUGGUCCAGCGGGGAUAUUUCAAAUAUGAAGUGAGCUGAGGAGCGGGGCUGGCCCUGAAUCUCCCUACUUCAAAUUAAAGCCAUGAAUACCUCUAAGAACACUUGAGUUUUAUCUUUUUAUAGCUCUCCUGUGGCUCUUCUCUUCUUGAAGCCAUUGUACAGUUCAGCUGAGCCCGGAGGAGUUGAUCCUCUCAUGAAGUACAAACUUUGUGGUCCUCUCUGCUGAAGCUACGGGCUCGAUGUUGGUGCUUCCUUACGAAACCCAAGCUGGUGCCUUGGAUUCACCGUGUCAAUGCAAAGAGCCUAAAACUACUGCAAGCUGCCUCUGGGACUGUCUCACUUGGAAGCACUGGUACUAUACGGACAUCAUCAGGAUCAGUGCAGAGAAGGGCCUCUGCGGGUUGUAGGCAUCCCCGUGGUUUUUAACUGGAUCGUCCAUUUUUUGGGAGGGUUCCUGGCAUCAUGCAAUGGCUUCUGCUUGUAGAACAUCUCUAAGCUGGCCAGAAAGCUUGAUACUGUAUGCUUGGUGGGCAAGCAUUAACUGGGUUCUUGGGUUACUUUCUCAAAGCUGUUGACUGAAUUGUAUUUUAGCUGAUAGUGGUUCUGCUUGCUGUUAGGAAUCAGUUUGAAAUUGGACGUUGAGGGGAGAGUGGGAAUGAUUUACUCGCUCUGCGAUCACUGGGGUUGCCUAAAAGGGUCAGUGCAGGGAGCAAGUGAGCUCCUCCUCGGAGCAGGAUGGGGAACGUGGGCAGCAAACUACUGGUGUGCCAGCAACCUCCUUCUCCAUCCCUUUGGCCAAGUCGUUUAGUUCCCGUUCCCUUGGCCGUGGCAGGGGCUUUGCUGUCCCUGUCUCCAGCCAGCAUGGAAAGAUGAAUACGCUGAGGUCCGAGCGUGGCUGUGGGUACCCACCAUCCAUCCUCCAGCUGAACGGGUUGCUCCUCAAACACUUUGCCCCUUGCUCUGGCUCUCACACAUAGCUCAGGGACAACUUGGCUGGAAAAACUACUGCAUUACUUGAGCUGGCUACAUGUGCUGCCACCCCGGUACAGCCCAGCCCACCAGGACCUUCCCCGGCGCGGUGGGAGUGUGCAAGGGGCAUCGCCAGCCCCUCUCUGCAGCGCGGAGUUCCCUGUGCUGCAAAGCACCCGUCCCUCCUGCUGCCACCCCUUCUCCCUGCUCCUCAUCGACACUUAAAAAACUCUCGUAUAUGAAACACAAGCAGAAAGUUUGUAUUUAUGUAUUUAUUUAGUAAUCGUGUACAUAUAUUAACUUAAAAGCUAAUAUAAAAAUAAUACUGUUUUUUACUAUGCAUGACUAUGUUUUUGUACAGAGCUCUGGCCCAGCCAGUUUGCUAUUUCCAGUUUUUACAUGUCUCUUUAUGAAGGAAUAAACUUUUAAAAAAUC